AGCUCGUUGACAGAUAUUUCAACGGUAUCAGCAGUUUUGACGUUUAUAGUAGCAAACAAAAACGAUUUUUUCGUAAAGGAAAUAGCACUAUGUCUGCUGCAAUCAGAUUUGGGGCUCGUGUGAAAGAAUUACGACUUCAUUUAUGUCAAAAAUCUGCAAGCAGCCAAGGAGUUAGAGAUUUCAUCGAGCAACAUUACGUAUCUAUUAAAUCAAAUAACCCCAAAUUGCCUAUUUUAAUUAGAGAAUGUUCAGGAGUCGAGCCUAAGUUGUGGGCUAGGCAUGAAUUAGGCAAGGAGACUUGCUAUUCACUCAAAGAUCUCUCCGCCUCCGACAUCCUCACAAAACUUCAGUCUGUGGCAUAAGUGAAAUGAAACACAUUGUAGAAAAUGUAAAUAGUCUAUAAUUCUUUAAUAAAUUCUGAAUAUUGUCA